AUGGCUCUCGCCUUCGCAAAGUUGUCAUUCCUUUGUCUCUACCUGAACUUGAGCCCCGCGCGCGGCUUUCGCGCUGGAGUACACUUCACCAUAUUUGUUGUUGUCGGAUCUUGUGUCGGCAUUGUCAUCUCUUUACUUGCAGCAUGCAAACCGUUUGCGAAGAAUAUCGACGUCACCAUCACAGAAGGGCAAUGUUUGAACAAGGCGGCAUUAUACAUCGCUACUGGGGUGCUGAACAUCAUCACGGAUAUCAUGGUCAUCAUCCUACCAAUACCCAUGGUUCUGCGACUACAAAUGUCGAGAGAGCGGAAGAUCAUGGUGAUAGGCAUCUUCAGCGUUGGCUCGAUUCUUAUCGAAGCCAGUCUCAUCAUCAUCACCGGUUCUCUCCUAACCCUGCGGCUAUUCCUCAGGCACGUGGCCCCCUCUCUGGUCGGCAGUUCCGAAGCCACUCGACCAUCGGGAACACAACAGGACUUUGGAUUCGAACUACAAGAGCACGGAAUGCUUGAUCCUUAUGAUGUUGAGGAUGGCGCGUCUGAGAGAGAGAUACUGGGAAAGCAAUAUGACAAUGGUGACAAGAUGCGAUCAUCUCGGAGCUCGGAGCACGAAGGCUGUCACAAACAGCAGGUACUUGGCUCGGAUAAUAAGCCCUGA